UAAUACAUUUCCCUGGUUCAAUAUAUACUAGCCACUUCCUGUGGAAUAUAUCACGUACAGUCUAGUAAAAUGUCAAAGAUGUUCAUCUUUAUGUUGUUGUUGCUGUGUUUAAUAGUUACCAUUGAUGAAGGAGAAGGAUCUCAUUGUAUGGCUGAUUGUACUGGAUAUAAUAAACACAAACCAUCACUGUAUAUAAGGACAUGCUGUAUCAUUAGUAACUUAGGGCAGACUGUUACCAUUAGAAGAAUUGGUAUAACAAGAUAUAUUCUAUGUCCUAAAGUACGACCAAAGUCAUGUCCAUCAGAUAAUAGAGGCUGUAAGAGCUUGUUUGAGACUGGUUUUGAUAUAAGUGGUGUUUAUACUGUUAAUCCUGAUGGAGGGACUCCAUUUGAAGUAUACUGUGAUAUGAUUAGGAAGAUACCAAUAUAACUGGUAAUUUUCAAGGGGUAGCAUUAAUUUUGGUAAGUUAGCAAAUGAUUUCUAGUGAUUGGCUGGUUCUAAGGAAUCAGUUAAGAGUCUAAUAAGGAGAGCAAUGGUCAUUGUGGUCAGUGCAUUUUAUUCAUAGGAUACCAAAAUAUAUUUUAUAACUAGACGAAUGUAAAACAUUAGUGCUCCACCCCCAGCUACACUAUCAUGAAGAUGAGAUUAUUUAACUUUAAAAAUAGUCAGAUGAUCCUAUACUGCCAGUACAUACUGACUCACUUCAUCAGUAUAGGGCUUCGCCUAAUUAACAGUAAUUAACAGGAAUAGGAGCUUAGAAAUACUAUAAGGGAUCAGUUACAAGACCUAAUGUAAACAAUUACUAUGUAA